GCAGUUCAUUCUUCAUUUUUUCGAGCCUCAAGUUAUUUUCCCGAUGCAGAUGCAUGUGGAAGUAUCUAAAUAAUUAAAAUCGCUUUGUCAGGAAAUGAGGGAAGAAAUUUUGCUUCGCAAACUCCUUGCCGAUGGUGAAGGCACUGGGGAAGAGCGUCGCUUUCAGCUCCUGAAUGCUUGCCUUCGUUCAUUGCGUAAUCCCAACACUGUGAGCAAAGCUGAAGCUGUGAAGGCUCUGCGGUUGAUAGAUUCACUGGAGCUAUCGAUGAGAAAACAACUAGAAAUUGCCGAAAUGAGUGUGAGACAGACAAAGGAGUAUGAAGAAAUGGCGGAAAGGGUUGACAAAGAAAUAGCCAUCAGUCGCGAAAAGAUGGCACAAGCGAAGCAAGACCUCACCGCAGCCCGACUUGUACGAAAGAAUAGGAAGGAAUAUGCACUUUUGGUGGGAAUGAUAGACGAUCUACCAUCCCGGGCUGAAACAACCAAAAAAUUGGAAGAUAUGCAGGAAGAGCUUGCCCAACAACAAGAACGUCAACAGCAGCUAGAAGCGAGGUUGUCGGAGCGCAGGAAUCACCUUCAUGCCCUCAACAUAAUCCUAGCUAAUUUCCAAAAACUCCUUGCAGACGAGGAUAGCGAAUUGGCAAAUGACGCUGAACAAAAUGAUAAAAAAGAUGACGGAGAGGAUGACGAUCGAUCUCAGAAGGAAAAAUCUACUGAUACUAUGGAAACGGGCUAA